AUUUCACCCCCGCCUCACACUCAAAAUGUACACACACCUAGUGCCCUGUGGAAAUGGAGUUUGGACUCCGUAAACAACACACACACACACACACACACACACACACACACACACACACACACACACACACGAUGAUGACAUCCCAGCAGGAGAAGCCAUCAAAGAAUGAAUGUCUAAAUGUCUCAAAAACGUUUUAAAAUCAGAAUCCGGUGUGUCGGGGGAUCCAAAGGAAGUUCUGACACUAUUAUGGGAUGGCCAAAGGACUUAUGGCUUGGUGAGCGAGCUUCAUUAAAUUUCUCUCACACACUGCAGGGUUGAGUCAACCACCGCAACCGAUGUCUGGUUGACCUUUGACCUCGGGAAUAAUUUGGAAUGAUUAUUUUUUUUUUAAUUGACCUUAAGUUCCAGCUACCAAAUCAAACUCAUUCUGGGGAUUUCUGUCCAUCACCUCCAAACUCCACAGCGACAGUAUGGCUACAUUAGGAAUGUGGGCGUGGUUAACCAAAAACCUCCGUUACCAAGGAAAUCCAAAAAUUUACUUUUGCACAUUCGUUUAAAAAUGACACCGACCGGUUCGCCCACCCCAGACGACCAAAACAUAAAAUGGUUGCUAUGGAGAUAAAACCAACAGAAAAGCUGCCAUUUAAAAAACAAACAAAAAACUAGUUUUCUUUUAGGUUUUUUCUGUGCAGCACCAGGGAGCCUGAGGGGGAGAGUUAGGUAUUUGUAGCAGUGAGGCAGGUUAGGCUGAGGUCAAGGGGGGGGGGGGCAGGAAGGAUCAUGUAUUUGCCUGAUCAUUAAAACCAGCUUUGAUCCCGUUUAGCAGUGAAUCCACUUCAUCCAUGUCAUUGUAGAUUUGGUAUGUAGUUUUGUGCAGUCAGUCAUGACCGUCACUUUGAUCAGAACUCCGUUUCUGGAUUUCCUCAAAGAUUGUUGUCAAUAUUCUCAUCUGACGGCGAACUUCCGAAAAUACUUUCAGCACCUUUUCCUUCACUUUGAUCUUUUCCGCUGUCAUUUCCUGUGGAGCUGAAGGGAUCCAGCAGCUGCUGCGGCUGAAAACCUUCAAAAGCAAAUAUUUCAGGCAUGAACGGAUGAGGUCACACAAACACAAAAACACUUUUCGUUUCUUUGUCAGGAAAGAGAAAUGAAACUGCGUGUUUCUGUCAGAAGGGGUCGUCUGGAAGGGAGGGAACGUGGCGCCGCGUCAUUUGUCAGAUCAGCCGAAACCUGAGAGAAGAAAGACUAAAAGAGGAAGAACGAGGAGGAGUCAGAGGACGGCAGAGACCGGGGUUUGGAGGCAGAACGACGGGCUUCCUCUGCUGAGCGUCUGGGAAAACUAUGGACUCCACCAACAGCAGACUUCUUCAGGAGAUCUGAGCCGAACUGAAGAUGAGCGAGCGCAGCGGCAGCACCUGCAGCUCCCAGACGGAUGGAGACUUGGAGGGGGAGCUGGACGAGGAGGUGGAGAGUGAAGAGGGGCGGGGCCAGGAGCAGAGCUCGGCGCCAAGCUUCUCGGCGGCGACCUUCUCGGCGUCUCUGCGCGCCGUCAUGCGCAUAAAGCAGAAGUACCAGAUCCUGAAGAAGCGCCGCCAGGAGCUGUGUCUGGCCCCGCCGGCCGCGCCGCUGUUCGGGGCGCCAGAGCGCGGCAGCCCCAAAAUCUUCACCUUCGAUGGCACCACGCCAAACGCCCACGCCGCCUUCCCCCCACACUCCAAUCCUCAGAGGAAGAAGAAGAAGAGGAGGAGGAGGGUUCUAUUCCCCAACGGAGGGACGCGCAGAACCGUGCCGAAGGGGGAGCGCAGCCGCGCCACCUACUGCCUGUACCUGCUCUUCGGCAUCGUCUUCCUGCAGGUCUACAACGCCAUCGAGAACCUGGACGACCACGUCCUCCGGUACGACCUGGAGGGGCUGGAGAAGACUCUGCGGAGGGAGGUGUACGGACAGCAGGGGGCAGUGGGGGGCUUGCUGUCCCACCUGCAGGACUACCUGUCCACCUACGUCCACAACAAGCCGCUGGUGGUCUCGGUGAACGGACCCACCGGCGUGGGCAAGAGCCACCUGGGCCGCCUGCUGGCGGGGCACUUCCGCUCGGUGAUCGGGGACGCGCUGGUGCUGCAGUACUACGUCCUCCACCACUGCCCCCAGGAGGCCGACGCCCCCCACUGCGCCCGCAACCUGUCCACUCGCAUCUCGGACAUGGUGGACCGCGCGGAGGAGGAGGAGAAGAUCCCGCUCUUCAUCUUCGACGAGGCCGAGCACAUGCACGGGGAGAUCCUGGACGCCCUGUGGACGCUGGUGACGUCCCGCCAGGCCAACGAGUACAUGAACGCCAUCUACCUGUUCCUGAGCAACCUGGGCCAGGCGCACGUCACCAAGCACGUGCUGCACAACUCCUCCAGCCUCUCCGGGGCCGACCUCGCCGAGGAGCUCACCCCCGUUUUACGCAACACUCUGGCCAAGCUCCACCCCCUGUGGGCGGAGGCUGACCUCGUACCUCUGGGCCUUCUGGAGAAAAGUCACGUGAUGGCGUGCUUCCUGGAAGAGGUCACCCGCGAGGGGUUUUACCCGGACCGCGCCAACAUCGAGCGGCUUGCUGGGGAGAUCGAGUACUUCCCCGCCGUCGGGGGGCACGAGUUUUCCAAGACGGGCUGCAAGCAGGUGGUGGCAAAGGUCAACCUGCUGUGAGGAGCGGGAAACGGGCCGCCGCUGUCUCUGUGAAGGAGGGGGAAGUGGGGGGGCAGUGGAGCCAAGAACCGAUUCCAGAACUGAAAACCACAAGAGCGCGCGUUCAAUUCCGUGUGACCACACCCACCAUCCACCCAACGCCCCAGUCUGUCGGGAAGAAUAAAACCCCAGGGUUCAAAUCCCAGCGCACUGUGUCCUUGGGCAAGGCAGUUCCCCACAUGCUCCAGUACCAAGCACAGGGCAACCUGGAUCGGACUCGAACCCAAAGCCAGGUUCAGGACCCUGGGUUUGGUGAGGUCAGCCGAUCUGCGGACUCUGCCGUAGACCUGGGAGCUGCAGAUGUUAUCUGUCCUCACGGUGGUUCUCGGUUUGAAAGCGAUGCUUUGAUGUUGUGACUUGGCGUGUUCGUCUCUGGAACAUUUCAGAAAACACCGGAACCUGGUUAGCGUUCAGCUGCAGUCAGUGACGGGCUUUUGGGGGUCUGCAGGACUGAAUCUGGCAGCUAGACUGGACUGAAGGACGGUCUAGAGGACGUCCCCGUCCUCAGCGAGGUUUCAGACAUUUCUCUCUGCAGGAACAUCCGUUUAUUUAUUACUGAAGUACGUUUAUGGAGUCGUGAACAAGUUUCUGAACAUUAAAAAAAUCUCUGAAACACUUGGA